AAAAAAAUCACCGUUCUGAGCAUUAUGAUGAGAAGCACAAAUCAGUGUUCAAAUACCUUGCAAAGUCUACUCGGGAUGUUCCUACAAUCAACGCACACACCACAAAAAGUCAUUGAAACGCUGGAGCGGAUGGGUAUAUCAGUGUCCGUAAAUGCUAUUCUUUCCGGGACGCAAUCGUUAGCAGCGCAAACCCACCAACAUCUCCGGUCACUCGGUCAGUCACUUCUCGCGGCAUAUGCCUAUGACAACUUUGAUGUAGACCUGAAAACCCAUGAGCACAAGAUCGAAAACUCAACGGAAACUCUCAAGCAUCUAACAUCAGGUCUGAGUCACAAUGCAGUGAGCUUCGUCAAAGAUGAUAUCAAUUAA